GCUGUCUUUCUCCACGCGUGGUUCUUUUUUCGGAGGGGAUCAUGCCGAAAGUUAAGCGGCCGAGGGGCUCCAGCGGGGCGGGGGGGAAUGUUUCCCUGGCCGAGCAGAUUAUCCAGGGAGAGUCAGUGAAGCCCAUUACGCGCGUGAAAACAAGGGGUAAAGCGGGGAGGCGUGGCGGCGAAGAAGAAGAGGAUGAGUACGUGGAUGAAAAGCUCUCCCGGAGGAUCCUGGAGCAGGCUCGGAUCCAGCAAGAGGAGCUGGAGGCCGAGCACGGCACAGGCAAAGAAGAGUCAAAGAAAAAGAAAACGACUUUCCUGGGGCCUACAUCAAAGGAUGGGAAUUCAGACACAGAGGAUGAUGAGUGGCCAUCGCUGGAGAAAGCUGCAACCAUGGAGAAAGGAGAUUAUUGUAAAGAGGUGACUGUGAAUAUGGAAGAUGAAAAGGCUAUUGAGAUGUUCAUGAACAAGAAUCCACCAUUGCGGCGCACCUUAGCAGACAUCAUCAUGGAGAAGAUCACAGAAAAACAAACAGAAGUAGAGACAGUGAUGUCAGAAGUAUCAGGUCGGCCCAUGCCACAGCUUGAUCCACGUGUCCUAGAGGUCUAUAAGGGAGUCAGAGAAGUUCUGUCAAAAUACAGAAGUGGAAAACUGCCCAAAGCCUUCAAGAUCAUACCAGCAUUAUCCAACUGGGAGCAGAUCCUUUAUAUCACGGAGCCAGAAACAUGGACAGCAGCUGCCAUGUACCAAGCAACCAGAAUAUUUUCAUCGAACCUCAAAGAGAAGAUGGCUCAGAGGUUUUAUAACUUAGUGCUACUCCCUCGAAUCAGAGAUGACAUUGCUGAAUAUAAACGCCUCAAUUUCCAUCUUUACAUGGCACUGAAGAAGGCUUUGUUCAAGCCUGGAGCCUGGUUCAAAGGGAUCCUUAUCCCCUUGUGUGAAUCAGGAACAUGUACGCUGAGAGAAGCCAUAAUUGUGGGCAGCAUUAUUACACAGUGCUCUAUCCCUGUUCUUCAUUCUGGGGCUGCUAUGCUAAAGAUUGCUGAGAUGGAGUACAGUGGUGCCAGCAGCAUUUUCCUCCGCCUGCUUAUUGACAAGAAGUAUGCCUUGCCUUUCCGUGUUGUAGAUGCUCUGGUCUUCCACUUCCUAGCUUUCCGGACAGACCAACGCACCUUGCCUGUUCUGUGGCAUCAGUGUCUCUUGACCUUUGUCCAGCGUUACAAAGAAGACCUCUCCUCAGAGCAGAAGGAAGGCCUUUUGGAGCUGCUCAGAUUCCAGAGCCAUCCCCAAAUCUCCCCAGAGAUCCGUAGGGAACUGGUGAAUUCCAAGUGUCGGGAUGUGGAGGGAAUGCAGCCCGAGGCAAUGGAGUGACUGAAAGAUAUGAAAAAGAGCUUAUUUCCCUUGAAUGUUUUAUCUGUGGUGACUUUGCUUACAGUGGGGCUUUAAAGAGAAGGUGGCAGCUGAAUUGGUCUUGCAGCUGUAACAAAUUGUUGAAUGAACAUGUUUACAUCUCUGUGAGUUUGAGAAGUGUUCCUUAUGCAAAGGUGGAUGCAUUUGUAACUUCCAACUGGAUGCCCAUUUGUGUUGGUAUGAGUCCCUUUUAGAAGCUGGAAUUCCUGACUACACACACACACACACACACACACACCCCUCCUCCCUUUCCUGGUAGAUUUAUAAAAUGCUCUGUGGCUUUUUGGCCAGCAAAGGCUGAAAUUACGUUUUUGCCCUUUUAAGAUGCUAGUGGAUGGAUGCCCUAACAAACAUGCUUUAAUAAAGUUCAGCUGUUGGGCUGCUAUUCAAGUAAAGAAGAAAAGGACCAUCAGUCACAUGGUAGAAUAGAGCUUGGGUUAUCAAGAAUUUACUCUCGAAAGCAGGGAAGGCCAGUUGGCUUGUCAGUAACAUUUCCCUGUUCUGUUUAGUGCCCACCAGUUCAAAGAUGAAGUCUGGCACACUGACCCUGUCGAGGUUCUUGAAUUCUCUCACCCGUCCCCAUGCUGAGGGGCGGGGUAGCAGCUCUGCUUGGAAAUGGCAUACAACCUCCCAGCCAUAUUGGCUUGCAUUUGUGCUGCUCUGCUUCUUCAGCUGGGCAGUCAGCCACCUCUUUCAGUACUGAAGGCAUGGCCUGACUAACCGGGGGAAGGAAGAUGCCUUACACAGCAUGCCGUGUAAGUCUGAGACAAGUAGCAUUUAGCACCAGCCAAGCUGUUUCCGUGAACAAGCCCUCAGAAAACCAAUGCAGCUCAGUGCAGCACCCCUGGUGUCACAUUAAAUGUGUAUCCAGCUUUUAUGCUUAGUAAUGGUCUCAGUGACUGAUAAAAAUCAAAGUUGUGUCAGUACCAGGUAAAAACAGCCGGGCUGCCACUUUUUCACCUGAUGGCAGUUGAUACACAUCUUCUACUCUGAAUAGAGCUAUGGUGGAGCCUCAUUUGGAAUAAUGUGGGCUGUUCUGGUCACUGUAUCUCAAAAAGGGCAUCAUACGACAGGAAAAUGUACAGAAGAUUUUUAAGGGGUUGGAGCACCUUGGAGGAAACACAAGAGUCUGGGACUCUUUACUUUAGAAAAGAGACGGUGGGGGGGUGGAUGGACGGACAUGAUAAGAGGUUUACAAAGCUAUGCAUGGGGUAGAAAGAAUAGACAGGAUUGUUUCUCCUUCCAAAAUACUAGGACUAAAGGGGCAUCCAAUGAAGUUGAUGGAUAGUAGGUUCAGGAUGAAAAAAGGAAAUACUUC